AUGGCCUCAAAAGCUUUAAGUGUAGCAAACGCACUUCGCUCUCUCAGCAAUACAGUCCGAGGAGUUAACCCUUACCUCAUGCGGCAAGCAAUCAAGGCCUGCGUACUCUCUAAAGUCUACUAUAGUGCUGAAACCUGGUGGCCGGGCAGCUCCCGCCCUGAUCUACGCACAGGAACAAUCUCAAACCGGGUCCAAGGACACCUUGACAAAGUAACUAAGGUUAUACUAGCAGGGGCUAGAGCAGUCCUCCCAGUCUACCGCACAACCCCAAUACCUGCUCUCUACCGGGAGUCAGGGCUCCUACCAGCAGAGAUUGAAUUAGACUAUAUAGCUGCUGCUGCAACAGUCCGCACACGCCGUCUCGACCCCUAUCACCCACUCCGCAGGAGGGCAGAAGAGAUAACCCGCACAGGCCUCAAGAGAAGCCGUUUUGCACGCCGAGUACGAGCCCUGCCGAAAUCAGAACAAAUCAACCCUCUGCAAAAUGCCCCCUGGCUUCUGCAAGAACCACGCGAAGCAGCUCAACAGCGGAUCAGAGCUCCUGAAACGGGCCAGACUAAAGAACAGGCAGCCAGUAAUUUCCAGGACUUUUAUGCCUCUCUCCCUCAGACAGAUAUAAAAGUCUUUACAGAUGGCUCAAAACUAGCAGAUAGAAUGGCAGGCGCAGGUUUUACCCUAUAUCAAUCUAGGAAGCUAUACCAACAGUUCUCCUUUCCUCUCGGCCCCAACAAAGAGGUCUUUGAUGCAGAGGCUGAAGCAGCACUAGCGGGAAUCAAAACAGCUCUUAAAUUGACUACAGCUUAUCUCGCUACCAACCUAUAG